CCUUUCGAAAUCCAGAUUUAAAUAUAAAUCAAAGAAAACCAUAAGCCCAUAACAGGUAACUCAAUGUCGAAACGUAUUGCCGACUGGCUGGGGUAUAAAAGAAGGCACUUUUUGUCAUUGACUACAGUUCGAAAAAAAAUAUCAAAAUGAAAUUAAUGGUUGUCCUGUUUGCCCUGAUGGGCAUGGCCUUGGCCAGACCAGGAUACGAUGGAGCAGCCACCAAGCAGUGGGGUUCAGGAUCCGUGCCACUGAGCAGCCAAAGUGGGUACGGUGCCCAGAGCACAGGAUUCGUUGGCAGGCAGGGUGGAUAUGGUCAACCCGCUCCACUGGGUGAACUGGGGGCCUAUGGCGGCGGUCAGGGUGCUUACGGCAGCACACAGAGGGGAUAUGGUGCAUCCGUUCCCCAAAAUGAAUACGCAGGUGGAUUCGCGGACCAAGGACGUUUGAGAGGAUAUGGCGAUGCCGCUCCCCAGAGUGGAUAUGGCGGCGGACAGGGAGCCUACGGACGACCGGCUGCCCAAUUGGGCCAGGGAUAUGCCGCAGGAGAGCUCGGAACGGGCCCACAUUUUGGCCAGGGAGAAUUCACCGGCGGAUUUGGUCAUGAAAACUGUAACCACGAGCAUCAUGAACAUCAUGAGCAUCACAGGCACCACGGACAUAGUGGACACUACUUACCAACCUUGGGCAGUUUCUAGGAUUGUGAUUUUAGAAAAGGCACGGCUAUUUUAGGUCGAUUACCUUUAUGAAGUACUUCAAGUUAUUCCGGAAAUAAAUUCUAAGGAUUCAAUACCUUGA